GAUGUUACAUUUCAGCCGUUCAUUCAAGUCAUUCUCCUUUGGUGAAGCUCUUCAAAGCCCUCCAAAGAUCUCAUUCUUGUGUAGGGAAAAAAAGAAAAUGAGAGAUUGGGCUGCUCCCAUCAUAGCUUUAGCUCUCUUCGCAUUCCUCUCACCAGGGGUCAUAUUUCAAUUGCCAGGGAAGCAUCGGCCCGUUGAUUUCAUGAACAUGAAGACCAGCGUCGUAUCCAUCUUGGUCCAUGCCCUCAUGUAUGGAUUGUUUCUCAUGCUGUUCCUCGUGAUCCUGCGUGUCCACCUCUAUGUCUGAGAGGGAGAGAAUCGUCUACAACACGUUGUCGGAGCCCACCGUGUUUUAUAUGUAAAUCCACUCCGUCCAUCAGUGUGGCCCACUUGAGCUGUGGAUCUUGCUGAUUUUUUUCCAGGUCCUAAAGCACCUAUGGACGGAGUGGAUUUUACAUAUAUAACACGGUGGGACCCACAAUCUUCGGUGUUUCAACGCACUGCAUAAAACAGGUGUUGCAGACGAUCGACUGACGAUGCGAGUUCAAGCUAAAACAUUAUGGAGGUGGGGCCCACCGAUCAGCGGUCUAGAUCGUUCGUCUUGUUGGGGCCUUCUUGGAUGGGGGGACUGAAAAUCUCCUCCGUCGUAACAUUUCCGAACAUCAAUUGGUGGGACUUCUGUUGCACGCGGCCUACUUGGAUUUUGUGGUUGGGGCCAUCAAAUUAACGGUCUGGAUCAGAGAAAUAUGCCUCCCAUGUGUAUGAAAUGCAAACCCGAGUAUAAAUGCUGCAAUCGGAAUUUUGCAUUCUGAGCUGUUCUGCUAUAUCUGAUGUUUGUUUGAACCAAGCUAGCUUUAUUUCUUUCUUUC